AUCAGCAUGGGUUCCAGCUCCUCUUCCUAUGCCCCAAAAACCAUCUAUCUGGACGUGGAUGGUAAGGUUCAGAAGGUGGCAUUCAGUCGUCACUGCAGCCCAUGUGACAUCAAGGAGCUUCUUUGUUCCUCGUCCAACAUCCCCAGGAAUACUGCUAUCAUGAUGGUGGAUCCUGAAGGGGCCCUGGUGUCCAUAGACCCUACUAUGCCUACCAACUCUCCCAACUCCUUGUACAAAGUCAUUUCUUUGUCCACCGGUCAGCUCGGAGAGAAAGAAGACAUGUUUCAAAACGUGUUAUCUCAGGUGGCGGAGCAGUUCAGCAGGGCUUUCCGAAUCAACGAGCUGAAAACUGAGGUGACCAACAGACUGGCAAUGUUGGAGAAAAGAGUGGAGUUGGAGGGACUGAAGGUUGUGGAGAUUGAGAAGUGCAAAAACGACCUAAAGAAACUACGAGAUGAGGUGACAUCCAGAGGAGGAGGGAGAGUCGGGAACUGUCCCUGCAAGUACAACUUCUCAGACGACGGGAAGAAGCUUAAUCCCAGACGUGACGUCCCAAGUUAUCCAAAGUAUACCUUAUCCCAGGAGACUAUUGAAGCACUGAAGAAGCCAACAUUCGAUGUCUGGCAUUGGGAACACAAUGAGAUGCUGAGCUGCUUGGAGUACAUGUACCAUGACCUGGGACUGGUGAAGGAAUUCAACAUGAACCCCAUCACUCUCAAACGCUGGCUGCUGGGCAUUCAGGAGAACUAUCGCAGCAACCCGUUCCACAACUUCCGCCACUGCUUCUGUGUCGGUCAGAUGAUGUAUGGCAUGAUUAACCUGUGUAACCUGCCGGAGAAGAUGACUCUGACGGACAUGGGCAUUCUCAUGACAGCUGCCGUGUGCCACGACCUGGACCACCCCGGCUACAACAACACGUACCAGAUCAACGCUCGCACAGAGCUGGCCGUGCGUUACAACGAUAUAUCUCCCCUGGAGAACCAUCACUGCGCCGUGGCCUUCCAGAUCCUAUCGCUGCCCGAGUGCAACAUAUUCGCCAACGUCGAAUUGGAGGCCUACAAGCAGAUCAGACAGGCCAUCAUUACCCUGAUCUUGGCCACAGACAUGGCCCGGCAUGGAGAGAUAUUAGACUCGUUCAAACAUAAAGUGGACAGCUUUGACUUCACCAACGAGGAGCAUGUGACAUGCCUGAAGAUGGUUCUGAUCAAAUGCUGCGACAUCUCCAACGAGGUCCGGCCUACCGAGGUGGCCGAACCCUGGGUGGACUGUCUGCUGGAGGAGUACUUCAUGCAGAGUGACAGGGAGAAGACUGAAGGGCUGCCGGUGGCUCCGUUUAUGGACAGAGACAAAGUGACCAAGCCCACUGCCCAGAUCGGAUUCAUCAAGUUUGUCCUCAUCCCAAUGUUUGAGACAGUCAUGAAGCUCUUCCCCCAGAUUGAGGAGAUCAUGGUGCAGCCUCUGAGAGACUCUAGAGACCACUAUGAGGAGCUGAAGCAGAUCGAUGACGCCAUGACAGAGGCACAGAAGAAGAAAACGGAAAAUAUGUCAUUAGGAGGGAAGAAGAAGUAAGCUUUGCUGCUGCUGUGAGCACAGUGGUACUGUGGCUCUGGCUCUCGUUUUAUGAUCCAAAAAUUCAAAAAGGUCAUGGGUCGUCCUGAUCUGCGUCUUUGAAGAUGGAGGGUGAAAAGACGUGUCUUCGACACACUGAAACAACCUCAGACUACAUGAAACCUCCUGGUUGAUCGCCACUGUUUUGUUAUGAACAUUACAGAAGGACAAUCGCUCUGUUUCAAUGUCCACACUGGCAUACUUACAUAGGAUGAAUUCAUGUAUCAGGGCACAUUGGAAUAUAGCUCAUCUGAACGCUAGUUGGUCAUUAUCCACGGCUGUGUAUACACAGGCAGCCCAAUUCUGAUCUUUUUGCCCAAUUGUUGGGAAAAUAUCUGAUCUGAUUGGUCAAAAUACCAAUAAUUGGGCAAAAUAUCAUAAUUGGUCUGUCUAUGUAUACACAACCUAUCAUAAUUUCUGAGUGACAAUUGGUCAUUGUAGGUAUAUAUUUUUUGCCAUAUUUUCUGCUUUCUGGUUUUAGUCACACUUGUUGAUGUUGCCUAUUACGGUAUAAUGAAUAACAACUAAGACGUUUACUGCAACACUGUCUUUUCCUUUUACAAGUCUCCUAUUCAAAUGCAAAAACUGUUUCUAAAACAGUUUGAAUAAAUUGACCCUUAAUUUAACCAUGUCAAGUACACAGCAUAUUUUAACAUAAUUAUUAGAGGUUUAAACAUUGUUACAACAAAUUCUACUAAUUAUCCCCUAGGGUGUGCACUGAAUGAAUUUACAUACAUUCAUAUUUUGAGGUUUGUGUAAUAGCACAUCCAUUGUUGUUCAAUAUAUUCAGUCUUAGAUACAUGUUGUACGUUAUUACAGAAGUAUUUCAUUACAAUCUAAAAUGUUAUUCUUGUAUUUUAUUUAUUUGUGCAUAGUACAUCCUACAAAAACUGUGCAAACUACAUUACAGUUGUAAAACAUGUAACAUCCUUUUAUACAAAAUGUGCCACCUAGUAAUAAACUCCACAAGUAUUUUUGAAAAGUUGCAGGUUAUUAAGAAGAGAUCAAAAUGUCAUUCUCGUCGACGGUUCAUGAGUAAUACCAUUGACUCUUCUCUGAAUGGUGCAGGGAUGAAUGAACCAAUGGCUGGUCCAGCUCGGGAGUCUUUGAAAGCUUGUGUACUUUACUUGAUAUCUGUAUUCUGAUGUGUAUGCUUUAUGCACAAUGCGGAUGGCCCACGCUUACGCUUGGAUUUCCUGCUCGUUGUCAUUCAGGAAAACCAUUUUAAGAGCGUGGUAGUCCAUAGCUUCGGGCUUUGAGGGGGUAUGUGUUGAAACAGGACUUCUUUGACAGUUUUGUUGUACAACUCCAAACUACCACUUAACCCACAUCUCUCUAUAGGAAAAAAAAUAAGUGGGUGGUAUUCAACAGGUACAGUAGAUUUACUAUGGCCUGUUUCAUAACCUUCAUUUAUUGCAACCUGUUUCACAUUUCCAAGAGUGAUAAUUGUCUAUCUGUAAGACGAUACUUACAUACAGUAUGCUUACGCUUUUUAUGACCUACAUGAUUCUGAUGACAUUUGGAUGAUAAAGCUCUGAAUAUUCCAAAGAGAUACUGACUUUAAUGUUUUCUGCAGGUCUGCUGGUAGAUAAUAGUGACUUUUGGAAAAUUCCACAGGGACAGAGAUGGAAAUAACUUUCUUCUGUACUUUUCCCCUGCGACUUGGCCUCACGUCUAAGUCAUUUUCACCACUGAAACUGUUUGAUGGGGUCUUUGGGCUGAACUUGAGUAUGGCCUAUUCAUUUUGUUUAGAGGGAACUAUCUUCAUACAAUAUGUUGCAUGGAUAUAAAGGACAUCAACCACCUGAGCCACGACCUGUUCACCCCGUUAUCAUCAAGAAGGCGAGGUCAGUACAGGUGCAUCAAAGCGGGGACCGAGAGACUAAACAACAGCUUCUAUCUCUUGGCCAUCAGACUUUUAAAUAGCCAUCACUAGCCGGCUACCACCCAGCUACUCAACUCUGCACCUCAGAUGCUACUGCCCUAUAUGCAUACAACUGGUCAAAAGC